ACAGUUCUCUCCUGUGUCUGCAGUGCUUCAGUUUCUGAUACAGCUCUCUACUAUGCAUGCUUGUAUUUAUUUAUUCUUUGGAAGAGUUUUAUUUGCAGAGAUUUCCUCCAGUCACUCACCUCUCCUAUUUUGACAUAGUAAGCAUAAAAUAAUAUGAACAGGUCUUCUAAAGAGAAUGGUGAACAUUUAUUGACAGUAAAAAAAAAAAACAAAAAAAAAAAAAACAAAAAACAAAACAAACAAAAAAAAACCAACCAAAACAAACUAACUGAAGUCAAACUGUUCCUAUGAUUGCUACUGCACCCCGAAAAGGCAUGCCUUUGCUUCCAGAGGUUGAAGAGUCAGUCUCUUCGGGGCUUUUUGCUGGGGCUGGCCUCCUGCCUGUCCAUAUUGCAAUUUCUUAGUUGGCUCAUCUGAUUAUCUGUGAUGCAUUAAGGCUAGUCCAAUUUGUACAAGUAGGUAGGUAAGGGGGAACACACGUGUAGCAUAAAUACUGCUGUCAUGGCACUUUGUCCCAUGGCCUUUGUUUUCUGACCAAUUCCCAGGGGAGUUGGACACUAAUAUUGUUGAAGGCAGCUGUUUUGGGUGAAGGUUUCUGGAAGGCAGCCACAUGCUGGCCUGGUAGAUUGAAGACUCAUGGCCCUUUCAAUCAGUCAUACAUUGGACACUGGAAUUGCUUGUGGCUUGUUGCUGGGGUCCAUGCAGUUAAGAGCUACAGAACUGUUCAGAGCAGCAUUCAGAAGAACCAACAGCCUAUAAUGAGUAUCAUUCAACUUCAAGUGGUACAUCCUCGUUUAAGCCCAGCCGAUCACUGCUUUCUAUUCCUACUGCCCAUGUGAUGCCGUCUAAUGCCAGUUCUUCACUUUCCAAACACAGGGAAGCUUUCAAGUCUGAUGGCUCAAAGUGGAAUACAAGCUUUGUACGGUCAGGAGGAGGCAGAAAUCAGGGUGCCCUGGACAAUUCUCUAGACAUGAAAGAUGCAAGACCUGUAAGAAAAUGGUCCUCCUUGUCUAAACUCAGCUCACCAAAUACCUUCAGCCAAGAUGGUAGUAGUCAUUCAGUGGAUUCCAGGGCUAGUACAGACAAAGCGGUGUCGCCACAACUAAGGACAAAUGGGCCAAGUUGUUUGCAUGAUAGCAUGGAGUUGCUAAAAAUUGAGGACAAAGAAGUGGGGAAAAAACGAUCUUCUCUACUGGACUGCAAAUACAAAUUUGAAACAUGCAGCAAAGAUGAUUUUGUUUCAGAUUCCUCAAGUAGGAGACAUGCCUUAGACUUGACCUACAGUGCCUUACCUGAAAGUAAACCUACGGCAGCCAGUUGUGAAGCUUUCGGACAGAGAUACACCACUCUGGGACAACAGGCUGUGAGUGGAGCUCCCAUACAGCCAGCAGUGAGGACUCAAAUGUGGCUUAAAGAACAGUUACGUGCAAAUCCCCUGGACUGCAGGACUGCUGAGGAGCCCUACGGCGUAGCUGCAUGGCAUGUGCAGCAUGAAGAUUUUAGAACAGGAGGUGAACAGCCUCCGGUGCAGGUUCCGACCGGAACGUCUCGUCAAAGUUACCCAGCUACCAGCUAUCAGGACUUCAGCAACUGGGAAUCUCUAAUGAAAAUUAAAGAGGGGCUGCUAAGACAGAAAGAGAUUGUGAUCGAUCGGCAAAAGCAGCAAAUUAACAACUUACAUCAGAAAAUAAGGGAGAAUGAAUUACGAGCUCAACAUGCAAGACUGAGCCAUCUUGUGAACUGUGAAGAACCUUACAUGACUAAUUUGCAGCAACCACAGUAUGAGAGCAUACCACUCCAACCUCACGUUUCAGAAAGAUCAACAUCUCACCUUGAAGAGCUUGAGCGAAAGAUUGCAGCAGCUGAGAAUAAGGAAUUACAACUCAGUGAAUUUGUAAAACAAAUUUCAAACAAAUCUAGUGAGGAGAAAAAGAAGAUGGAGGAGAAACUUAAAACUAGAGACCGAUAUAUUAAUAGCCUGAAAAAGAAAUGCCAGAAAGAGUCUGAGCAAAACAAAGAAAAACAAAGACGAAUUGAAACCUUAGAAAAAUACCUGGCUGACCUACCAACGCUGGAUGAUAUAGAAGGGCAGACGAAACAGCUGCAAAUUCUAGAAGAGAAGAACAAGCAACUUCAGGAAGCUAUGACUGAGUUAGAAAAGAAGCUUGGAGAGGCCCGAUCGCAGUGCAGAGAGAGGGAAUUGCAACUGGUGUGUCAGAAGAAAAAAGAAAAAGAGCUGGUCACGACAGUACAGAGUUUACAACAGAAAGUAGAAAAAUGCCUGGAAGAUGGUAUUCGCCUUCCCAUGUUGGACACAAAACAGCUUCAGAGUGAGAAUGAAUGUCUCAGAGAAAAGAAUGAGAAAGCCAGUAAGGUUAUAGACAAUCAACAAAAUCAGAUAGCUGGACUGAUUUUGGACAUGCAGUCUAUGCAAGAGAAGCUUUUGCAAGAGAAGCUGAUAGUUCAGAAGAUGACAAAUGAGCUUGAAGAAAAAGAAAGGAAUAUAGAGCAGUUAAAUCAAACUCUCUCUGAAAACCAAAGACUGAUGGAAGAGAAUGCCUGCCUGAAGCAGCAGAUGCAGCAGGUGGAGCAGUCCAGGCAGCCAGUAUCUGAGAAGAUGCCAGUAGCAGACCAGUUGUUCAAGGAAAUGUCCCAUUGCUUGUUUGACUUGAAAGCACUGUGCAGUAUUCUUACCCAGAGAGCUCAGGGCAAGGAGCCUAACCUUUCCUUACUGCUGGGAAUCAGAUCACUGAGCUGUUCAGCUGAAGAGAAUGAAAAUUACCACAGCACAGAAACCCUUUCGAAGAAGCUCUUGGACGUUUGUCAGUUACGAAAGGAUAUUGAUGAAUUAAGGACUAUAAUGUCGGACCGUUACGCUCAGGACAUGGGGGACAAUUGCAUCACUCAAUGACAGCAUUUCAUCUAGUAGCAAAUGACUUAUUAAAUGCUGCUGUGUCACAGGUCUUUGCAUUUCUAUUGAGGAGCCAUAUUGGAAGACUGCAAACAGCGCCGCACACGUGUGUGUUUGAGGUUUGUGCAUUAUUAAUCUCGGGGGUCUGGUGGGGAGGGGAGAGUCAUAGUUUGAGUGGAGUGGUACAAACUACAGGAAAUCUUUUCUCCAAACUACUGAAUGUAGGAACAAGCUGUGAAGAACGAUUCAGUUGGAUACUCUGUUUCCUUCAUUAGGGCUCAUUUUAUCACUUCACCUAGUUUCUGGAAUCUGAGCAUCAAAACAGCCGUGCUGCUGCUACUCUCAGCCCUCUCCUCCAUCAAGGGUUUGUACGGCAUUAUCUGUGCUCUAAAAUUAGAGCAGGGAGUCGAAGGACCUGUAGUUGUAUGUGGUGAAGCCAGAGGCUUCUGCCACUGCACUUCACUCUAGGAAUUGCAAUUAGAACAAUCUUGGAGCGCUACAAAAAGUAGUUGCUCUUUAAGUUGCCUAAAAAAUUUGAUGUAAGAAAGAUGUUGGUUUUAGUAAUGGAUGUCUAGCUUGCUUGCCUAAUAACAGAAGAAAACAGAGUUUUAACUCCUUUAUGCAGAUGAAGUUCAUAAAAUAUAGCACUAUAAAUUGCUGUAGGCAUUCUAUGUUGCUGUAAGAAGUUUCAGUAACAUGAAGUCUGUGACAAACCCAGAGAAGCUGGAAGGCAUGAAACUGCAGCAUAGUACAUGGCUGUCAGAGAAAACAAACAAACAAACAAACAAACAAAAAAACAACAUAAAAAACCCCCACCUGUAUUUUAGUGUUUGUACCAUACUUACUUUUCCCUUAGGUCAUCUCCAUUUUUAAAAUGUGGCUCGUCUAUGUUCCUUCCCUGAAGGCCUCUGAUGAGGUUGUGAACCACCUCAACCAUUUUUUACCACAGCUGCAAAACGGGUGUUUGGCACUUGGCAAAAUCAGGGCUCAGAACAGAAUGUUUCCAAUUAGCAGUAUUAAGUACUCGGUUAUCUGAGGACUGCAAAAUUUUCCACAUUGUUUGGGAAUUCUUGAUUUCUCUAUCUAGGAAGCAAUUGCAUUAAAAGAAUUAAAAGGUCAUGUUCCAUAGUUUAUUCAGUGAGUGUCACUUGGCAGUGCUGUUUCACUCCUGUGGGACAGAUGACGUAUUAAUACUUCUAAUUUUUCCUGGAACAUUACUGAAAGUUAGCUGCACAGUUAUGCAUAGUGUAAAAUAGUAUUUAAGUGAAGGAAACAAAAACUUGAAAAGAGCAAAACCACUCUCAGAUGAUACUGUUAAGAAAAUACAUGAGCAUCAGUUACGUAUAUGGUAUUAAAAGAAAGUUUCAAGUGACUAAGGUGCAAGUCAGUCAACUGACCUGUAGUGUCGAUAACAGCAGAUAUCUCUUAGAAAGCUUAGCAGUUAGAACCAAGUAAAUUCUAGGGUGAUAUUUUCAUGGCAAAAGUGUUAGUAUCUUCAGUUUUCUGAUUAUAUUUAUGUUAAUAGCAAGAAGUGCUAUAGCAAUAUAGGCUGGUUACCAGUUUUAACUUGGUGAUGUUUUGCUUUCUGUUUGUUGUUAAAUAGUUGCCAUUAAUGUUGUUUUUUUAAUUUAGUGAUUUAUUUUUUUUUAGCUAUAUGGACUUAUUUAUUUGACAGUUUUCUCUAUCCUGAAACUACACAUGGACUAAUUUGUGAAAAAUAGUGUUGCUAUUUAUAUUAUUGCUACAUAGUGUUUUCAGCUAGAUCAAUCUGACUGGUUCAGCUCCUGUGAGCACUAAAACAGUGUCUAGAUGAAAUCUCAAGUGAAGUUGCCUAGUGUCUCUAUUUCAAGGUAAAAAGCAAGGCCGUUUUAUUUUAAAUUUCUGUGCUCUUUCUGUAGAUUUGAAGGUGUACUUUUAUGCUAGUGCAAAACUGAAAACAAGGAUCUCUGCACAAAUGGGCUUGCACAGUUGCCUGUGCCUCUCACAGUAUUGGCUUUUGUGACCAAGGCCUCAGCUCGUUCCUUUGGUGUAGUUCGUUGGUUUUGGCCCUGCAGUGAAGUAACAGUCUCCAAUUUAUGCUUCUGUCUCGUAUCAGAAUUCAACAGUGGUAUUUCAGGAGGAGAGAGGAAACACUUAAGUUGCAUGUUAUUAUUACCUUAGAUGGAAACAUUGUACCUAAUAAAAAAAAAAAAUCACCAAACAACACAUUUUUCUAAAUUUGGUGGAAAUAACAA